AUGAAGGAAGUGUUGGAGGUUCUCAAGGAAUCGACGAUUGCGUCGAAGACUGGAAAGGAUCAAUGGUCUCGUUUCUGGGGUGUGUACAAAAGAGUUGCGGAAGAACACGACAAUGAGUUCCUGGAGCGAUACACUAGCGACAUGAAUAUCGUCCUGAUCUUCUCUGGUAUUUUCUCUGCUGUCGGCACGUCUUUCAUUGUCGCGAUGGAGUCCGAUUUCAGUCCUGACCCUAGUGACACCACGAAUGCCCUUUUGAAGCAACUCGUGCAGAUCGGACUCGGCAAUCUCGCUGAGGCGGGCUCCGUUCCCGUAGACCCGGCAUCUGGGUGGUCUCCAACCGCAUCGACCUUAUGGGUCCAAACGAUCGCAUAUGGGAGUUUGUCCAUGAGCUUGCUCGCUGCAUUCGGGGCGGUGCUGGGGAAUGCAGUGGCUAGGGUACUACAAGUCCAACAGAUAUGGCCGUGGCUCGCAGGAGCAGCAAGGGAAGCGCAGGCAAGAGCAGUUCGACGGCAUCGUGACAUGGUAUUUUGAUGGUGUCGUGCAAUCGUUUCCGGUCUUACUUCAGAUCUCUCUUCUUCUGUUUGGGAUCUCUCUUGGCGCCCAUUUGUGGUACGAGCAGGCAAGCAUAGCC